AUGUCACCUUUCAAGAUGGUGUAUGGGAAAGCUUGUCACCUACUUGUGGAAUUAGAACAUAAGGCAUAUUGGGCGAUCAAGAAGUUGAACUUCGAUGCACAAUUAGUGUUCUUGUUUAACUCGAGGCUUAAGCUCUUCCCUGGAAAACUGAAGUCACGAUGGUCAGGACCAUUUGAAGUACAUCGUGUUUACCCUCAUGGAGUUGUGGAUAUCAAGAAUAUGGAUGAUGGAUCCAUUUUCAAAGUCAAUGUCCAGCGUCUGAAGGCUUAUCAAGGAGCUCUGCCCAUGCGUGACAAAUCUGCACUCCUCUCGCACGAUGUCAAAACUUGCUAA